GCUCUCUGUAACCUAACUAUAAAAGUCUUUGUUCUGUUUUUAAGCAUUCCUGCAACAUAUAUUCUUUUUGAUGGGUGUUUUUAGUAUUUGAUGUAUUAACUAUACUUAUUCUCUGGCUAUGUAUUCAAUUUUUCUAGCUUCCUGCAGAAUGUUUUAAUACCCCAAUGCAUCUUUUAUUUAUCAUUUGGCAACAUGUUAAAUUAAAAAAUAAAAGGAACAGAGGAUAGAAGGUUAUUUUGUCAGACUAGCUGAUCAGUUAAUUUAUGACCUGGCUUUUAUCAGCAAAAUUGGAAAUUCACGUUUUCAAUUCAGUUUGCCCUGUUAAAUGCACUCUAUCUUUGACACCCUGUACAUUUAAUACUAGAACUACUGCAUUCAUAUUUUAUAUUUGUUUUAAUGUUUGAUUCGCUUUAAAAUCCGUCUGCCUCCACAGAUGAUGGUGGCAAUUCUCUUUCUUUGCACAGUUUGUAAAACAGAAGUCCCAAAUGAAAGCAAUAGUGAACCUCUAAUUUAAACUGCAGUUUAAGAAUGUGUUGUUUGAUCCCUUUCCUCUGAAAUGAAAGCUGGAUAUAGAACAAAAUGCAGUGUUUUCUUUCUUCAGGUAUUCAGAUCACUAUGGCAACUGCAAGAAACAUGAUGAGAGCUGUCAGAGUUUUUGAGUUUGGUGGACCUGAAGUGCUUAAGCUCCAGUCAGAUGUCUUGCUGCCUGUUCCAAAAGAAAACCAGGUUUUAAUCAAAGUCCAUGCAUGUGGAGUAAACCCUGUGGAGACAUACAUUCGUUCUGGUGCAUAUUCUAGAAAGUCACCAUUGCCGUAUACGCCUGGCUCUGAUGUGGCUGGAGUAAUUGAAGCAGUCGGGGAACAUGUCACUUUAUUCAAGAAAGGUGACAGGGUUUUUACCAGUGGUACCAUCUCUGGUGGCUAUGCAGACUAUGCAGUUGCUUCAACUGACACCGUCUUCCCUUUGUCAGAUAAACUGGACUUCAAGCAAGGUGCAGCCAUUGGGAUCCCAUAUUUCACUGCUUUCCAUGCUCUCUUUCAAAAAGGACGUGCCAAAGCUGGAGAAAGUGUGCUAGUCCAUGGAGCAAGUGGUGGAGUUGGAAUAGCAACAUGCCAGAUUGCCCGAGCUUAUGGCUUAAAAGUUUUGGGUACAGCCGGAACGCCGGAAGGAAUGAACAUUGUUUUGAGAAAUGGAGCCCACAAAGUAUUCAAUCACAGAGAAGCUGAUUAUGUUGAUAAGAUUAAGGAAUUCAUUGGCAUGCAGGGAGUUGAUGUGAUAAUAGAAAUGCUAGCUAACGUCAAUCUUGCCACUGAUUUGCAUCUGCUGUCACAGGGAGGAAGGGUGAUGAUAGUGGGCAGUAGAGGUCCUAUUGAGAUCAGUCCAAGAGAUACUAUGAGUAAAGAAUCCAGCGUAAUUGGGGUCGCCUUAUUUUCAGCAACUAAGGAGGAGAUGCGUCAGUGUGCUGCAGCACUUCUUGCUGGCAUAGAAGCCAGCUGGCUGAGACCAGUCAUUGGCCCUGAGUAUCCAUUGGAGAAAGUGGCUAAGGCUCAUGAAAACCUCAUUCACAGCAGUGGUGCCUUGGGAAAGAUGGUGCUCCUAAUCUGAGAAGUUAUGUAAAAUAAAGUCUUUUCCCACUUAAACUGUGGUUUUCUUGCCAUACAUUUAUAUGGCUCAUUUAUCACAUUUUGUAAACUAUGCUAGUGAUCAGAUUUUACAG